ACACUACGGUCCUCAACGCUUCCCUGCAGAACUCGUCUGUAUCUUCCUCUCCCAUUGCGUGAAUUUAGCAUACAUCCGCCACAAUGUCACACCUAACCAACCCUCUCGCAACACCAGCCCAACUCUACGCCCUCAACACACUCAACUCCCCCCUCCCCCCGGACCUCCAAAACAGCAUCCGAUUCUAUACCGCGCGUCUAACACAAGCCGCCGGGUUACUCCUCCGAUUAUCACAAGAUAUAGCGGCGCAAGCCAACAUACUUCUCUAUCGUUACUGGCUCGUCGACCCGCUGCUUGCGUGGGAAUUUAGCGAUGUAUCAGCAAGCGUCCUCUAUCUAACAGCCAAGAUCUCCGCGUCCCCACGUUCCUUAAGGAGCAUAACAAACGUAUACGCCUACCUCCUCUCCCCCUCCUCCCACCUCUUGCCGCAACCACAAACCAACCCCUUCGCCACGCCUCCAGACCCAGAAUCUUACUAUCUCUCCGAAACCUCCUACAUCAACUUCCGCAACCGCCUCCUAAACAUCGAAGGCCAGAUCCUCAACGCGCUAGGAUUCAACACACACGUUGCUCUCCCUCAUCCGCUCGCAAUCACCUAUCUCCAAACUCUCGACGUCUUCUCCUCGUCUGCUGGCAAAAUUGUGGCGAAGAGGACGGUGGAGUAUCUUAAUACAGCGCUGUUGAGUCCGCAGAUGUUGUAUUUGACGCAUCAGCCUAAUGCGCUUGCUACGGCGGCGAUUUAUUUGAGUGCGAGGGAGGAGGGGGUUAAGUUGCCGGAGACGGAGUGGUGGGAAGUAUUUGAUGUUGAGAGGGAGGAGUUGGGGUUUCUGGUUGUGGGGGUAAUGAGCUUGGAGGGGGUUGUGAGGAAGGAGAGAGAGAGGUGGGAGCAUGUGGACGGGGAGGGGAAGGCGGUGGGGAUGAUAACCAGGGAAAUGGUUAGGGAGGAGAUGGGAAGGUUGGGGUUGAAUGAGGGAGGAGGGGUGGGAAACGGGGUGGUAGAAGAGGACGAGGAGGCGCAGAUGGCGAGGUUGUUGGAUGAAAAGGUUGCGGCUGUGAGUGCAUAGCGUGGAUAUUGGGAGGUGUAAGAUUAUAUUGUAUAAUAUGGAAGCACAAACGAAGGUUGCUUGCGUUAGAAGUGCAGCUCUGUGGCUAAAAGAGGAACUAUUUCUGAAUGCCUUACAAGUUGUCGAUACCUAGUCUCCGUUAAACGUGGGGAUGGGGCCGCAUGGUAAUACGUUUCGCCCUUGCUAUGGCCAUCUCUUCGAAAAGGAGAACUCUAACC